GCAUGGAAUCUUGUGCACUUUGUUCGAAACAAAUUAAUUCUGAAGGCAAUAUUUCAGCUGCUUGUGGUCACAAAGUUCAUUUAGCAUGUUUGUUAAGCAUGGAAUCUUGUCCACUUUGUUCGAAACAAAUUAAUUCUGAAGGCAAUAUUUCAGCUGCUUGUGGCCACAACUUUCAUUUAGCAUGUUUAGUGCCUUAUUUCUUGACUAAGAGUUUAUGCCCCAGCGAUGGGUGUGGUUUGGAAAUUGUACGGGAAAUUACAACUGAAUCGGAAAGUGGGUUUAUUUGUUUUAUAUGA